UCCCCAUCAGCAGUCCGGUCAACAUUUCUCCUGGAACACUUCGGGGAACUUCACCGACUUUCUGCACUUUAAUACACCGACAUGGAUGCCCUCAAGUCGGCUGGAAGAGCUAUUAUCCGGAGCCCAAGUAUGGCGAAACAGUCGUGGACUGCCAGCAAACACAGAAAGCUCCCAGAGAACUGGACAGACACGCGGGAGACCAUCUUAGAGGGCAUGACCUUUAACCUUCGACAUCUCGGCAUGACACUGGUGGACCAACCCAAAGGAGAGGAGCUGUCAGCAGCUGCUGUAAAGAGGAUUGUUGCCACGGCUAAAGCCAGUGGGAAGAAACCUCAGAAGGUCACUCUUAAAGUUUCUCCUCAGGGAAUUGUCCUACAUGACAGCUCAACAAAUAAACUCCUGGAAAACGUGUCCAUAUACAGGAUAUCCUACUGCACGGUGGAUAAACUACACGAUAAAGUCUUUGCUUAUAUCGCACAAAACACCCUGAAUGGAACCCUGGAGUGCAACGCCUACCUCUGCUCAAAGAGGAAAGUGGCUCAGGCUGUGGCGUUAACAGUAGCCCAGGCCUUCACAGUAGCUUUCGAGCUCUGGCAGGUGGCCAAAGAAGAGAAAGGGAAGAGAGCGAAGUCUGGGUCCGCUGGAGAGGCUAGCAGCAGUUCUCAUUCAGAGAGAUCGAACAGCUUUGGGAGUUUGAAAGGGACAGAUGUGGCUACAGAUAUGUUGUUGGACUUGGAGAAGAGUGUGAAUGUGGCAGUGGAGACCAAUGGAAACAUCGGAGAGGAUCAGCUGGAUAACCACAGACAGACCUCUGAGUCCAACAACAAUCCUGCCUGGGAAAUAGAAGAUGGUUUGGAUGAAGCCUUCUCCAGACUGGCAGUGUCACGUACUAACCCCCAGGUCCUGGACAUUGGGGUGACCCCCCAAGAUUGGCUCAUUGAACCAGACUGGGAUGGCACCAAUGGAAACACUCCCAACAAUGUCAGCCCAUUUGAGGAUGACUUCUUGGGCUUCUGACCACUGCUGCACUGCUGUGAGAGAGUCAACGACUAAGGGGACGGAGCAACAACAGCAAGUCUAACACAAGUUUCUUAAAGACCAGCUACACUGCUCUUUGAAAAAGCCUGACAUUCACUUCCCUGGAGUCUAUUUUGUUUGACAUGCUUGUUCUUUAAUUCUGCUGUGCUCUACAGUGCUGGUCAUGGUGCCCUACUUCUGUCAUCGCCUCAAGUAUCAUAUGCUCCCCAAAAUCACCAGUCUUCUCUUUGAAUGUUUGCCUUUGUGCCACUUAAUUUAGUUUCUUUAAUGUCAGACAGUUUGUCCCUAUACUCUACUAAAUUAUUAUUCAUUCGAAGUAAUUUCUUCAAUCCCUCUGCUCUGUAGACACGCUUGUUUUACAUCAGUAUGGUUUAAGAAACUGAUAUGUGAAUGAAUUUGUUGAUUUUUAAUCUUCAUCCCACAUUAAAGAGUAACCAAUGUUUCAAUGCUUUCUGUGAUCAAAAGUGUGAAGCCUAUAUGCCUCAAUAUCACAGGCAUAUAAAUUAAACACCAAAGAUCAGCAAAGACGAGAUUUUAUAGCUGCUGUUAAAUUACUUUUGUGGAUUUUUCCUUCUUUCAUUUGGAACACCUUUCCAAAGUCCAUUCAAUAAACCUUUCCUCUGUUGAGCUACACUUGUCUUCCCUGUACAACCAUUUGAUAUUAUUGUUAAUUCUUUUGAACAAUUCUGCAAAUUUAGAUGAAAACAGUUUCCCAUUCAAGAGUGACCAGUUCACUGGAUUCUAACCAGUGGCUGCUGAGUUUGGCUCCUGAAAAACAGCGAAUGCUAGCAUACAAUAUGUGCUAUAGCUAUCAAGCUAACGAAGCUAAAGUUAGCUCCAAGUAAAACCUUGUCUUGAAGGCUAUAGUAUUGCCAAAUUAGUGACUUUGUCGCUAUAAUUAGCGAGUUUUCAGACCCCCUUAGCGACUUUUUUUCUAAAAAGUGACUAGCAACAAACAUGGCGACUUUUUCUGGUGUUAUUAGGAAGACUUAUGAUGAUUUUUUGACGUGAAAGCACGUAUCGCUCUUACUCUCAACAAGCAGCGGGUGCUGCCGUGGGCACCUCGGCUUUGGCGGCAGGUAGUCCUCAUACAGGAGUCACCCCCAUCUGCUGUCAGAGCAGGAUAUGUUCACCCCUACACGUCCAAACUGCAAAUGAAUCGCACAUGAGCGAAGCCGCUGCUCCCGCCUUGACUGUAACGCAGUCAGUUCUUCUUUUACUGUUACUUUUUGUGGAUCACAAGGUUUAAAACUACUUAAAAACACACACACAAAAGAAGUAACUCUGCCAGAGUCACUUUUGACUGGUCCCAAGCCUGGAUAAAGGAGGAGGGCUGGAACUGGGACAUUAAAAAAAACAUUAAUUGCUAAAAGAAAUUUAAUUUGUAGUUCUAAAUAUAUUCUAAAUGUAUUUAGGAUGUUUUUUUUUUUUUUUAAACUAAUUUUAUGUCUCUUCCACGAUGUUAUUUCUCUCUCCUAUGGCUCGGUUACAAUUACAUGAGCAUAAACAAUUAUGCAAAUUAGGCGAUGAUGUCAUUUAGCGACUUCUAGCAACUUUUAGGACAACCAAUAGCAAUUUUCCUUACUGAGGAGUUGGCAACACUGGCUAUAUGCCUAUACUGUUAGCAUGCCUAAAGACUUGUGGUUUUCAGAGGACAUUUAAUCAAGAAAGAAUCGUGUAAAGCUGGUAAAUCCUACAAGUUAUAUAGUAUUAAUAAAGAAAUAUUAAAGGCCUUACUAUUACAUUCAAACCAUUCUCACAUCAAAAGACAAAAAGGCUUUAAGGAUAAAGACUAACCAAUGUGCUUGGUACGUUUAGUGGUUGGUGCUGUUCACCCAAAUCCAAUAAAGAGUGCAGGCUUGCUAAUUAGCAACUAUGAAAUGCUAGCAUCCACAAUGUCACAAAUGCUGCAUAAACACAAUGCUGGUUUAGAAUAGGACUGUCUAGUUAGCUAGUUAACCAGACAUGCUAACAGUUAUUAGAGUAAAUAUAAGUUUUCACGCUUUUGGUUUCAGAUUUUUUUGUUUGUUUGUUUUACAAAAGUCCCAAACUGUGUAAAAGGUGCUGCUUAGGCUAUACUUAAAUGUGCUUAUCAGUGAAAAAUUCCUCUACUUGUCUUAUUUUUCCCUUUCCUCAAGAGUUCUCCUUCACUGAUUCUCUCAUUUUCCUCCUCCCUUUAGUCUAUUUUUUUCACUUGUUUACCAGGUAAAGUGUCCAUCUCAGCCAGUCUGAGACAAAAAGGUGAUAAAUGGGCAGAAGAGCAAGCGAGGGAUAGGCAGUGGGCCGGGGCCGAAUGAAUAAGAGAGAGCAGAGCUGAUGCCGAGAGGGAGAAGGCAGCUAACGGGAGCCUGAAAGUGGAUAUAAUGAGAAUCAGGGGAGAGGAAAGAAGAGAGAGGACAAGACUGGUGAAGGGUAGAAACAAGGAAGGGUGAUGUGAUAUAUGAGGAAGAGAGCAUUGUGACAGAGGGAUUGAAAGUGAGGGUGAAGUCAUAAAUGGGGGAGAAUGCAGGUGUAUAAAGGUGGCUGGGGACAGAGGAAGAAAAAAGAAAGGCUGAAGAAGUAGGGAGAGGGUGAAAAAUGGAUGGCAGGGCGAGGCCUUGGCAGAAUUGAUUUUGAUGAGAACGCAAAGCCCUGCUCUCUCUCAGCACGCGGCGGUAUUUAAAUCGUAUAUGUGCGUAUACGUGCUCCUUUUUAGCAGUCAUCUCAACCAGCGAGGCAUUCAGACAUUCACUCAUUAUCUCUAAUAAGGAUGCAACUCUGCUGAGUUCAGCUUCGCAGCAUUUUUCUGUCUGACUUUUUGAGGGAACUCAACUAGAGAGCAUCGGUGUAAAGGGGCUGCUGUCCAAUAUAUUUGUGCAGAUAAUACAAUAUAAUUCAACAGGAAACUUUAAAAUAAAAAGAAGCCUUUAUCUUUAGCCAGAUGAUGUGCUUUGCUCCUUCUUCUGUAUCCCUUGGAGUAGUAACACUAUAAAAAUGUACACUGGAUUUCUCAUUUAUUAAUAUUGUAUCCACAUCUGCUUAAAAGCUUAGGUAGCAAAUAAUGAUUUCCCUUGACUUCAAAUAUAAUCUCCAUUUGUUUUUGCUUUUGAGAAUUAGCUUCUCCUUAUUUUACAUAUAUAUGUUUUUGUCUGCAAAUCCCAGGAAAAAACUAAAGGCUAAUCUGCCCGCAGCGCUCACUUUUCAUCCAUCUGCUCCGACUGAAGACAUAAACCUUUAGAAUUGCCAUAAACACAUCUACUUUCUGUUUUUAAACAUGGAACAUCUGGGCAAUUUAGAUUUUUUACCCACAAAUGUUGCCUAAUCAGGAAUUAGCAGAUUAUAUAUGUUGGGGACUACUUUCAGCUGCUGUUAAGUACACGCUGGUGGUAAAUGGACUGGUACUUAUAUAGCAGUGGUCCCCAACCCCUGGGCCACGGACCGGUAACGGUCUGUGAGUCGCUUCGUACCGGGCCACAAGAGUUGAGGCUCAGGUGUGAAAUUGAUAGUUUUCAGGGUUUUUAUCAGUUUUUAUUGUUAUUUUUUAUAGUUUUUAUCAUUAACUCAGUUUCCCUGGGUCUUUUCCCGUGUGUUAUGAAUAGGGUUAUUCAUACCCUACACAAAAAAGGUUGGGGACUGCUAUUAAAUAGCGCUCUUUUAACUCUGAGUGAGCAGUCAGAGCGGUUUUUACUGCAAGCCUCUCAAGCUUCACCCAAUGACUGUUUUUUCUAGAUCUUGUUAGACAAGUCUUAGACAAGUGCCUUCAUCUAACAUUCACGCACACGAUGGAUGCAUCUGGGGCAACUUGGAGCUCAGUAUCUUGCCCAAUGUUACUUCAACACACAGACACGGGAAUAAACCACCAGCCUUCUGAUUGGUAGAUGACCCGCUCUACCUCCUGAGCCACACCCUACCCAAAGCUAAUUAUAAAUGGCUAUGGUUAGACAUACUUUGUAGCAGGACUAAUUGAUUGUUGAUUUUGGUCUUUUUUAAUGAAAUUUUUUUUUACAUAUUAAUUAACUCCUUCCUGCAUAAAAUGCCCUGCUGGAAUCUUGAGUCGAGGCGGUUGGAUCCACCCACCUAUUGUUAGGAUCAAUACUAGUGUGAUACGAUCAAUACUUUGAUUCCGUCGUCUAAGUUCAAUAUGGAGCCCACUGAAGUGUGUUAAAUAACUUUUUUGGGAAAUAAGAAAAAUACGUUAUACUUUAAACACUAUGAAAAGUGUCUUCCCUCUUUUGUGUUGACUGUCAUGUCUAUUUUAUUCAUAUCCUAUAGCCCAUUUUAACAGCAGAAGUUGACCCACGGUGCUUUAGAGACAGGCACAUUUACAUUCCAGAUGUAAAUGAAAAGCUGAAAGUUGUGUUUCGUUGUGUUAACCAAUUAUUGCGGAAAGUAAAAAUUACGAUGAUUUAGUGUUUAAAAUACCAUAUUUAGUGUCAUAAAUCCUGACACACUGCUCUGCCCUACAUAAGCUGCCUUCAUGGGUCAAGAGUAGCAGUAUUGGUACUGAUAAUGCCUGCUAUGUAUUAAUUGGUAUCGGAUCAAUACAAAAACUUGCAGAUAAUCCUUCCGUGGUUGGGCCACAUAAAACUGAUUAGUUUGGUUGUUACAUUAGACAUGAAUAUGAAUUUGAACUGUUCAACUGUCAAGAGUAUUAAAGAUAAUGACACAUGUUUAAGUUGUAUUUUUAGUUAUUGUAACAACUGAAAAAUACACUUAGUAGCACAUAGA